AUGAAUAGAAAAUUUUAUUAUUAUCCGUUAACUCAAGAAAUUAUUGAAUUACCUAAUUUUAUAUGUGAUAUAACUGAAUGUAUUUUAAUAAGAUUAAUAUCAAAUAUAACACUUGAACAACUUUCAAUACUUCGUUCAUGUUUACCAAAUUUUCUUUAUCAACUUUUUCAACAUGAACCAAAUUUAAAUCCCGAAAAUGUUAUUGAUUGGAUUGUAGAAGGAAUGCAAACAUAUAAUAAAUAA